AUGGCCCCCGCCGCCGCCCCACCGCUCGUCAGCUUCGCCUCCUCGACCACCACCUCCUCGCGCACCUCCACGCCGCCCGACCCUGACCCUGACCCUGACCCUGACCCCGACGCCGGCGAUCCCGUGCGCGCGAGCUAUCUAGACUCUGGCAGCGGGCUAUCCUUCAAGCGCCGCCCCCCCCCCUCGCGCUACAGCCUCUUCCCCCCCACGCACACGCCCUCACACCCCGCCCCCGCCCCCUCCCCCUCCCCCUCCUUCCCCUCGGACGACGUCGACCCAUGGCACGCCGACACGCCCGGGCGGCGCGUCUACGACGACCUCACGGCCAUCGACUGGAUCUUCGAGUACGCCAAGGAGCGCCUCCGCACGCGGUCGCUGUCGGGUCUGGGGCGGCUGCUGGACGCGAGCCAGGUGUGGGUUGUGCUGCUGUGCACGGGUGUCGCGGCGGGGCUGAUCGCCGCGGGGAUCGAUAUUGCCACAAACUGGUUGGGCGAUUUGAAGCAUGGGUAUUGUGGCACCGCGUUUUAUCUCACGGGGGAGACGUGUAGAGAGUGGGUGCCGUGGCGGGCGGCGGUGGGCGCCGCGAGGAGCGGGUAUGUCGUGGAGUAUUUCUUCUACAUCGUCUUUUCCGUCCUCUUCGCCGUCACCGCCAGCGUCCUCGUCGGCGCCUACGCCAUCUACGCAAAGCACUCCGGCAUCCCCGAGAUCAAGACCGUGCUAGGCGGCUUCGUGAUCCGCCGCUUCAUGGGCGCCCAGACACUCAUCAUAAAGUCACUCGGCCUGUGUCUCGCCGUCGCCUCCGGCCUCUGGCUGGGGAAGGAGGGCCCCCUCGUGCACGUGGCCUGCUGCUGCGCCAACAUCCUCAUGAAGCCGUUCCCCUCGCUGUCCAAGAACGAGGCGCGCAAGCGCGAAGUCCUCUCCGCCGCCUCCGCCGCCGGCAUCUCCGUCGCGUUCGGCUCGCCCAUUGGCGGGGUUCUCUUCUCGCUCGAGCAGCUCUCCUACUACUUCCCCGACAAGGCCAUGUGGCAGUCGUUCGUGUCCGCCAUGGUUGCGGCCGUCACGCUGCAGUUCAUGAACCCGUUCCGCACGGGCAAGCUCGUGCUGUACCAGGUCAAGUACACGCGUGGCUGGCACGACUUUGAGAUCCUCCCGUUCGCGGUGCUGGGCGUGAUCGGCGGGCUCUACGGCGCCUUCUUCAUCCGCCUCAACAUGCGCAUCGCGCAGUACCGCAAGACCACCAUCAUCCGGCAGUACCCCAUCACAGAGGUGGCCGUCGUGGCGCUCGUCACGGCGCUCAUCAACUUCCCCAUCAUCUUCAUGCGGCCGUCGCCCUCUGCGCUCGUCGCAGACCUGUUCCAGGAGUGCUCAAAGACCACCGAAGACCCGCUCGGCCUCUGCGUCGACAAGACGGCCCCGCCCAUCAUCCUGCUGCUGCUCUCCUCCGUGCUCGGCAUCCUCCUCGCCUCCGCCACCUUCGGCCUGCAGGUCCCCGCGGGCAUCAUCCUCCCCAGCAUGGCCAUCGGCGCGCUCUACGGCCGCAGCAUGGGCAUGGUGCUGCAGGCCUUCCAGCGCACGCACCCGACCUCCUGGCUCUUCAGCUCCUGCACACCCGACGUCGAAUGCGUCACGCCCGGCGUCUUCGCCAUCAUCGGCGCAGCCUCCGCCCUCGGCGGCGUCACACGCAUGACCGUGUCCAUCGUCGUCAUCAUGUUCGAGCUCACCGGCGCACUCACCUACGUGCUCCCCAUCAUGAUCGCCGUGAUGCUGUCCAAGUGGGUCGGCGACGCCUUCGGCAAGCGCGGCAUCUACGAGUCGUGGAUCCGCUUCAAGCAGUACCCGUUCCUCGACAACCGCGAGGACCCCAUGCCCGACGUGGCUGUCAGCGAGGUCAUGACGCGCACCGAGGACCUCAUCGUCAUCACCGAGCAGGGCAACACGCUCGCGACACUCGACGCCCUGCUCGCGACGCAGCAGUACAAGGGCUUCCCGGUCGUCACCGAUACGCGCGACGCCGUGCUCGUCGGCUACAUCUCGCGCUCGGAGCUGCGGUUUGCGCUGGACCAGGCGCGGCGCGGGGGCGCCGCGAGCGACGACACGGAGUGUAUUUUUAGCUCGCCGGCGGCGGUGGCGGGGUCGCCGUUCCCGAUGACGCCGAGGGUGCGCGGGGAGGCCGGGGUGGUGGAUUUGAGGGCUUGGAUGGACGCAACGCCGAUCACGCUGGCGCCGGGGGCGAGUCUGUUGCUGGUGGCGGGGCUGUUCCAGAAGUUGGGGUUGAGGUAUGUUGUGUUUGCGCGGCAUGGGGUGCUGCAGGGGCUUCUGACGAAGAAGGAUGUGUUUGAGGUUUUGAAUGGGGAGGAGGAGGGGGAGGCGGCGGGGAGGUUGGGUGGUGGGGGUGGGGAGGGGGCGAGGUUGUUGGUGGAGGGGGAGGAGGGGUGGGAUAGAGAGGGGGAGGGGGAGGGAGUCGAGAUGAGGCUGUAG